UAGAAGACACUGCACAUCAGAUCAACGCCCCUCGUCGCCGCCUCCUCUUCAUAUCUCAUCCUUCAGUGCAUUGCUGUCUAGUCGUCCUUAGACUUGAGAGGAUCGACAAACACCGCAAUCAUGGCCCCUGGAUUCGACCAGCUCUCGGACCACGACUUCCAAGACGAAGAAGAUAAUAUCGACUUCAGUGAUCUCAAGGAACGCUACGAUGUUCGCAUGGAAGAAGGCCUCGACACUUUUGUUGUCAUCGAUGGUCUCCCCAUUGUCAACAAUGAGCAAAAACCUAAACUUGUCAAAUUCUUACUCAAGAGACUGAACACUGUUGGUCGCAUCAAGGAUGGAGAAGAUUCAGUCUUCAUGCCGAUGGGUGAUCAGGGACAAUCCGAAGGUUUCGCCUUCGUCGAGUUCCAAACGCCUGAACAAGCGGUCGCUGCCACCAAACAACUUCACGGAACCGCCCUCGACAAGAAGCAUACCCUUGCUGUCAACAAGCUAACCGACAUUGAAAAAUUCGGCAGAGAAGGACGAAUAGAUGAAGAAUACUCCCCACCACAAGUUGCACCUUUCACAGAGCAGGAUCAUUUAAGGUCAUGGCUCUUUGACCCCGCUGCUCGCGACCAAUUCGUCAUGUUCCGAGGUGACAAUGUUGGCGUGUUUUGGCACAAUAAAAAAGACAACCCUGAGUCCGUGGUGGACAGACCUCACUGGACACAACUUUUCGUCAGCUGGUCACCUCAAGGCACAUAUCUUGCAUCAGUACAUCAGCAAGGUGUUCAGAUUUGGGGUGGACCAAAGUUCAACAGAAUCAGACAAUUUCCUCACCCCUUUGUCAGCCUCAUCGAAUUCUCCCCUGGCGAGAAAUACAUCACAACAUGGUCCAAUCAACCAAUUGUGGUCGAAGAAGGAAAAGGUCCUCUGACUAUUGACGAGGAAGGCAAACACAUUGUGAUUUGGGACGUUGAAACUGGCCAGCCUUUACGUUCUUUCGUUGCCCAUGACCUUGCCCCAACAAACGCCGCCGAUGGGUCUGUUGUACCUCCAAAAGCCAAGGUCCAAUGGCCCGCCUUCAAGUGGUCUGCCGACGAGAAAUAUGUUGCUCGCAUGAAGCCUGGCGAGUCCAUCUCCAUCUACGAAACACCUCGCAUGAAUCUUCUGGACAAAACCUCCAUCAAAAUUGAGGGUAUCGUCGAUUUUGAAUGGGCACCCGCUACCGUGCAGCGUGAAGGCGUUAAGAUCUCGGAGCAGCUGCUCUGCUUUUGGACUCCCGAGAUCGGCUCCAAUCCUGCCAAAGUUGCUUUGAUGUCGGUUCCCACCAAAGAAAUCGUUCGCACCCGUAACCUCUUCAAUGUCACCGACGCCAAACUGCAUUGGCAAUCCGAGGCAAAAUUCAUUUGUGUCAAGGUUGAUCGACAUAGCAAGUCGAAGAAGUCAUUAGCUACUAACCUAGAGAUUUUCCGCAUCAAGGAGAAGGGCGUUCCUGUAGAGGUUGUUGAUUCUCUCAAGGAUACAGUUAUCAACUUUUCCUGGGAACCCAAGGGGGAUCGAUUUGUCUUGAUCACAGCCGGUGAGGCCGUUGCGGGAAGUAAUGUUUUGCCAAAAACUGCCGUCUCGUUCUUUGCUCCCGAGAAGCUCAAAGGCCCGGGCACUGGCGCGUUCAAGCAUGUACGGACCUACGACAAGAAAAAUUCCAACGGCAUCUACUGGUCACCACGUGGUCGUUUUGUCGUGGUAGCAACUGUCAGUGUGCAGCAACACAGCGACAUUGAUUUCUAUGAUCUUGACUACGAGGGCGAUAAACCGGAAAGCGAGGCAGCAUUCGCCGCAAAUCUGAUGCUGAUGAACACGGAAGACCAUUACGGUAUGACGGAUAUCGAAUGGGACCCUACAGGAAGAUACGUUACCACGGUUGCUAGUGUGUGGACCCAUCAGAUGGAAAAUGGCUAUCGCAUGUGGACGUUCUUCGGACAACCACUUUCGGAGAACCCUACUGAGAAAUUCAAGCAGCUGCUGUGGCGACCACGGCCAGCGACUUUGCUCUCUAAGGAAGAACAACGUGCCAUCCGCCGCAACCUCCGAGAGUACAGUAAAGAGUUUGAAGAAUUGGACAAAGAAUUGGAGGAAGGAGCCAAUGCCGCAGUUGUUGAAGCCCGACGACGUUUGUACUCGGAGUGGUACAGCUGGAUCUCCGAGGAGAAAGAGCGACUCAAGGAGGAGCGCGAAGAAUUGGGUCUCCCAGAUCCUGAGACAGAGCUGCAGUUGUCGCGGACGAGGAGCGCAGACCUCGAAGGCGAAAAGGUGGUGGAAGAAGUUAUCGAAGAGGUCAUCGAGGAGACCGAAGAGAUUGUGUCUUAGGAAGACUGAGGAGCAACUAUGGCAUGUGUUGCUGGCCUGUUGCCUCCCGGCUAGACUUGAGCUCCUCUGUGGCUGGGACCUGUGCAGGGAACGAGUCUGCCUUACCUCGGACACUUCCCACCCUCCACGGUAUCUCAAGCCGGCAAUCUCUCUGGCCCAAUGUGUAUACAUCGUCGCACGCUCUCAAGCACACCGUCGAUCGACGACAAUGGUUUCCAAGUUCCUGUGCAAACCGAGAUGCGCAGUGAUUGGGCCACUGUGAGCUCCAGCAGCAGUUGAGCGAGCAGCCCAUAUUCUAUGACAGUAUAUGAUCAUGGGAACGAGAAUUUAGAUUCGAUGGCAUGAUGGAUGAGUGAGGUUCGAACAGCGAAUAUGAUAGCCGGGGGCUGUUCGCAUCGCAUGAGAUUGCAGUGCAUUACAUUGUAGUAUUUCAGGCACCAGUAUCAAAAAAGCGCAUGCCUUUCUAAAAGUGAAAAAAUCAAGACAUGC